AUGCCUCCUGCACAUUUCCCAUCCCUUCCCCCCCCGCCUCCUCGUCCCCCCCCCCGCCUCCUCGUCCCCCCCCCCGCCAACCCCCCCCCUUCACCUCACCUCCUAGGAGCGGUUCACUCCCAAACAGCACGACCUCACCUCCCAGCACCGCCACCACCACCACCACGACAAGGGUCGUCACCACAACCACCGCCACCACAACCACCGCCACCACAACCACCGCCACCACCACAAUCACAACCACCGCCACCACAACCACCGCCACCACAACCACCGCCACCACAACCACCGCCACCACAACCACCGCCACCACCACAACCACAACCACAACCACCGCCACCACCACAACCACAACCACCGCCACCACAACCACCGCCACCACAACCACCGCCACCACAACCACCGCCACCACAACCACCGCCACCACCACAACCACAACCACCGCCACCACCACCACCACAACCACCGCCACCACCACAACCACAACCACCGCCACCACAACCACCGCCACCACAACCACCGCCACCGCCACCACUGCCCCCAGGGUGUUCUUGA